AUGCUCCCAUCUUCAAGCCUGAUCGAGCUGAUCCUCCUGGUCGCAACGGCAACGGAGGGCAGGGCAACUUCUCUCGCCCCUCUCGCUCGUCAAGAUCUUCGGUCUUGUCUCUCCAGCGCCGUCGGGGGCGACGCAGCGAGGGCACAGUUCCAAGACGAGCCGGAUUUCAUCUCCAAAGAUGUCAACUACCACAACCUCAAUCUGCAGUGCGAGCCGUUUGCGGUCCCGUAUCCUAAGACAAAGGAUGAGAUCUCCGAAGUGCUAGCUUGCGCUGUCAAGCACAAGCGCAAGGUCCAGCCCCGAAGCGGUGGCAGAGACUUUAUCAACCAGUGCUUGGGAGGCGCCGACGAUGCUAUCGUUGUCGAUUUAAAGCACUUCAAUCACCUCAGUGUGGACAAAACCACGGGCAUAGCAACAGUCGGGCCUGGAAACUUGCUCAAAGAUCUCGUGGAAGGUCUCAACAAUGCCGGACGCUUCAUGCCACAUGGAUCUUCUCCAACUGUUGGUAUCGGCGGUCUCAUCGCGGUCGGUGGCAUCGGAUAUACCUCUCGCGAGAAUGGCCUUUCCAUCGAUGUCAUGCAAGAGGUCGAAGUUAUCCUUGCCAACGGUACCGUCACUCGCGCCACCAAGAUGACCAACUCCGAUUUGUUCUGGUCCAUGAGCGGUGCUGGUGCCAGUUUCGGCAUCGCAACCGAGUUCAAGUUCCAGACGAAGCCCAUGCUCAAGGAACUCACCACUUUCAGCUACAACUAUUCGACCACCGACAAGGCCCUCCUCGCUCGCGCUAUGAAGGCUUUUAACAAGCUGGCGUCGGAAAAGAGCACGUCUCGAAAGGUGAGCAGAUCUGGCAAUCUUGCCAAGAACAGCUUCUACGUCAGCGGUGUCUUUCUGGGGCACAAGAAGGACUUUGAUGCCCUCAGUUUGGACAAACAUUUCCCAUUUGGCGCUGAAAAGACCGUCCGCGGCUGUAUCUCUUGGAUAGACUACAUGAAUGGCCUCUUCCGAGGUGCCAGCAAUGUUCCCGGCCAAGCUUACUCCUACGCAAAGGAUCUCGCUGUUGGCGGUAGAAACGUAUCAUCGGACUCCGCCGUCGAGAGAUUUGUCGACCAUGUGCAGGCCGCAGACUCUGGAGCCGUCUACUGGUCGUACCUCUUUGAUUGGUACGGCGGCGCGGUCAAUGAUGUGGACACGGGUGCUACCCCUUUUCCUCACCGCAAUCUCCGCUACUUCAUGUCCACCUACGCCACCACAACACAGGAAACAAGCGAGAAGACCAUGAAUUUCAUCGACGACGGAAUUCUUGCGCUUCAAAACAACAAGCCAGCUAAUUACCUGCACUACGCUGGUGUUCCCAAUUUGCGCCUCAGCAGCAAAGCUCAGGAAAAGUGCUUCAUCAUUCACCACCAUGUCACCCGCGACUCCUUCUCUCUGCCUUUCUCUUCUAUUUCAUGGCCCUCCCUCUUUGGUAACGAUUUGUAG